AUGGAACUCAACCGAGAACAUUUUCGCGCCAUAAUUUAUUACAACUUUGAGAGACAAUUAUCGCAACAAGAAUGCCUUGCUGGGUUACUGUCUAUUUUCGGCAACGAAGCGCCACAUCAGUCGACAAUUUCCCGUUGGUAUGGAGAAUUUAAACUCACCCAGGAAAAUGUGAAUGCUGUGCUCAAACUCAUCAUUGAAGAUAGACAUGUGACAUAUCGCGAGAUUGAGGCAAAAUUAGUUUCUCAUUGGAAACCCCACCUGUUGACUGAAGAGCAGAAAGCAGCCAGGGUUAAUUGGUGUCAAAAAACGCUUGACCGUUUCAAUUCCGGAAACUCAAAAAAUAUGGUCGCAACAUUUGUGUCAAAAGCGGGUCAUAUUGCAACAAUUCCUCUUAAUGAUCAAAGAACUGUUACUGCGGAUUGGUAUACCACCAUUUGUUUGCCAAAAGUCAUCACCGAGCUUCGAAAAAUCAACCCCGAAAGAAGAAUCAUCCUCCACCAAGACAAUGCAAGCUCGCAAACAGCCCAAAAAACAAGGCAGUAUUUAACGGAAGCAAACGUGGAAUUAUUGGACCAUCCUCAAUAUAGUCCCGAUCUAAGUCCUAACGAUUUCUUUACUUUCUCGAAAAUUAAAAACAGACUGCGUGGUCAAAGGUUUCAGUCACCAGAAGAAGCAGUUGACGCAUUAAAAAAUGCCGUUUUGGAUCUGCCAGCAAACGAGUGGAAUAAGUGCUUCGAAAAUUGGUUCGAGCGCAUGCUGAUGUUUAUUAAUCUUCGUGGAGAAUACUUCAAAAAGCAAUAA